CUCAUGCCCAUAGCAGAUAGUUCUCCGCCGCCAACCAGCCCUUCGCACGUCCGAUCCACCCCUUCGCCCACGCGGGACGACUCCUGCCCUCUAGGGUUUCCUACGCCACCGCCGCCGCCGGGGAACUCCUCGACCAGCCCACCCUCCUGCCGCUCCGCCCCCUUCCCUUCCCAUCGCCGCAGUCGCCCCCUCCAUCUCCUGCCGGAGCCACUCCCCUGCCGCGAACAUCCUGCUCGCGUUGUACAUGACCGGUACGGCGGCCCUGACGGGGAGCGAGAACCGCCACGGGAACGCGGUGGUGAGCCCCUCGGUGAAGACCUGCGCGGAGAGCAGGAACGCGUGCGGGGCCAUGGCGGCGAUCCCCGUGGUGUCCCCGGACCGGAGGCCGUCGAGGAUGUACAGCGCCGGGAGCACGGGGCCGACGAGGAACCCACCCACGGUGUGCGAGGGGUCUCUUCCCGUACGUCAAGGCAUCCCGCCUCACGUUUCCUCUUUCGGCAUCACGGGCCGCCGCCGCACUCCCUCCCCCGGCCGCCCCGCGGGCUUCUAUCUCUCCCAGCUCCGCUGCCGCGCCCCGUCUUCCAUCUCUACAUGAAUCGCUGCUGUGGAAGCCAUGCCCCACCGCGCCACCCGGCGGCCAUCCGGGCACGCCGUGUCCGGGAUGAUGGAGUUGAGUCGGCCAGGUCCCUGUUCCCGUCGGCAUCUUCUGCAUCGGGACCCGUGGGGCCAAGCCGCGCGCUGCUCAUCUGCGUCGAUGGCGUCGGCGUGGCCUUCCCCUGCCAAGACCGGCGGCUCCUUGGCUGGAUCCUCUCCUCUCCUCUCCUCUCUUCCACCUCUCGUUGUCGGGUGCUCCUUGCGUUGAUGUCGAGGUCUUAGUCUCGGUGAUUUCUCCUUGUAUGUUCUGUUGAUAUUGGUACCGUGUUCUGAACCUUGCUGCUUUGGAAAGGGUGUGGUUUCAGUUUUGAUGGUUCUGUUCAAUUCAAGGUGAUUCAGUAAUGUUCUGCGUAUAAAGUGCUUCCUAUUUUUGCGGUGAAAAACAGCGUGUUGGAGAUAGUUCAGACAGUCAAAAUUUGGCAGUAUUUUCUUCUUCUUUUGACCCCGUUUCUUCAUAGUUAGUCAGACUCAAUAAGAAUUAGAGCAAGUUGGAAAGAGGUUUGUUAGGUCGGAACUGAUAUAUUUGCUUUCGCCUAGCAGCCUAUACAUAUCAUUUUAUAUGACGGGGAUUGUGCUAUAUUACCAUGUUAUAAAGGUAGAGCUAGGAUAUGUCUUUCUUGAACUGUGUGGACAUGCUCAUGGCGGAGGUGCUCUGUUUGUAUGUUUUUUCAAGUAAAGUGGAGAAACUCCUGAA